UCCAAUACGGCGCUGUUUGGCACACAGCGCAUGUUUACGCCAAGAUGACGGAACAGAGCACUUCACCGGAGGAUCCGUGGCACAAACAGACAGACGGAGCUUUUAACGACAGCUUUGACCACAAUUUCUUUGCAGAAAGUGCCCGUAAAGGAUCAGUGGUCUCCAGAGCCAACAGUAUCGGAUCCACCAGCGCUUCCUCCGUACCCAAUACAGAUGACGAAGACAGCGACUACAAACACGAGACCAAGGACUCGUAUAAAGACCGCAGGAGACAAGCGCACACUCAGGCCGAGCAGAAACGCCGAGACGCUAUCAAGAAAGGCUAUGACGACCUGCAGUCCAUCGUACCCACCUGCCAGCAGCAGUCUGAGUUCGCCAUGGCCGCACAGAAGAUCAGCAAAGCCACGGUGCUGCAGAAAACUAUAGACUACAUUCAGUUUCUUCAUAAGGAGAAGAAGAAGCAAGAAGAGGAAGUGUCCAUGCUGAGGAAGGAAGUGAUGGCACUGAAGAUCAUGAAAACGAACUACGAGCAGAUCGUCAAGGCUCACCAGAACAACCCUCAGCAGGGCAGCGAGCAGGUGUCCGAUCAGGUGAAGUUCAGCGUGUUCCAGAACAUCAUGGACUCUCUCUUCCAGUCGUUCAUCACCUCGGUGUCCGUCAGCAGCUUCCAGGAGCUCUCGGCCUGCGUCUUCAGCUGGAUCGAGGAGCACUGCAAACCGCAGACGCUGAGGGAGUUUGUGGUGGGAGUUCUGAGGCAGCUGAAUGGCCAGCUGUAUUAAUGCGCUGGAGAUCUCUCUCACACUCAGGACGUGGAGUUCACGGAGACUUCAGGUUGCUGUACUUCUACCAACACUACCAAAAGCACAGAUUAUUAUUAUUAUAUCAUUAUUAUUAUUAUUAUUAUUAUUAUCACUAUCACAUGGCCUCAAGUGCCUGUUACACAAUGCAACACGUGACAAGGUGAGCCGCUCGUUUUUUGUUUCCUGCAGUGUAAUUAGUUAAGAGUAGAAGCCUCGAUGACAUGUGAAUGUUGUGGGAAUGGGGUAGAAAUAUUCUUGUAACGCAGACAUUUUACUCCUCCGUGUAAGGUUUGAUUUUAAUUAGCGGUUGCGUCUGUGCGACAAAAUACAGCCACACGGACUGGGGUGUGUUCCGGCUUCAUACACGAGCGGGCGAUUACAAGAUUUGAGCGUUCUAUGCAGUACAAUCUUUAUGCGAAUGCUCGACGCAUUCGUUUUUCAUCCAAAUCCCGGGGAUGUGGUAGCUCAGGUGUCGGAUUACUGAUCAGAAGGUUGUGAGUUUGAAUCCCAAGUCCACCAAGCUGCCACUGCUCUGCCCCUGAGUAAGAACAUUAACCUUCAAUCUCUCAGUUGUAUAAAAGUGAGAUGAAAUGUAAGUCGCUCUGGAUAAGGGAUAAGGGCUCUGGAUAAGGGCAUCUGCCAAAUGCCAGAAGUGUAAAUCCCGGCUAUUACUGAAGCACAGUCCGGUCAGUAGACUAGAAGUGAACUUUUAUCUGCUUGGUAUCACCAUAUCCUCCUGAUGACGUCAUAUCCUAGACCUGAUCGCAUAUCUGAGCCUCUUUUCUAAGCCAUCACACAAGCAUUAGAUAGAGGUUUUUUUUUAUUAUUUCCUUUGGCCCAGUUUUAUUCUAAAUGUCAUGGCAGUCUUGGACCACGAGCAGCCCACAGGACACUUUCCAUUCUCAUAACUGACAUUUUCUUCCUAAACUUUGCCCCAUUUGGCUCAGAGUCAUCUGUUCUCCAAAGGCUUUCUGGCACUUUUGAACUCUGGGCUUUUUGGUCUAUCCACUCCAUUUAUUUUAUAUCUCCUCAUGCAGUUCUCAGAGUUUCCACUGAGACUCCUGAACCUUUUAUUUUGAAGGAUUUAAGUAGUCUGGAAUUUCCACGAUGAGAGUUCGGGAAACUUUCCAAAAGAAAGCUUCUAGCAUGCGAGUUCGACCCGAGAGAGAUGUGGAACUUUUCAAAUGGAAAAUUGUCCUGAAUGAAACAGAUUUAUGGACCCUUCCUGAGCAGGAACUCCAGAACCUUCGCUUUUGAUGAUGGGAUUUCCAGAACUUUAGCUAAUAUACAUAUACGUUACAGCACAGUGAAAUUCUUUUUUCGCAUAUCCCAUCCUUGGAGGUCGGGGGUCAGAGCGCAGGGUCAGCCAUGAUACAGCGCCCCUGGAGCAGAGAGGGUUAAGGGCCUUGCUCAAGGGCCCAACAGUGGCAACUUAGCAGUGCUGGGGCUUGAAACCCUGGAUCUUCUGGUCAACGACCCCAAACCUUAACCACUCACCAACUUACUAACCAAAUGGGAGCUAGGUGAAUAGGAUCUUUGGAAGAGGUCUAUAACCUUCCUGAAUGUGGAAGCUCUGGAACUUCUUCCCAGCUCAUGUUCACAGUUUAUCAUCUUUAUUUCUUACCCUAGCCGAGAACCUUCAGUUCUUUUUGGCAGAAUUGCUGAAAAAUCAUCCUGUGAUGGAAAUAUACCUCAUGCUGUAGUUUCUCAUUUUUGGAUCAGAACUCUAAUCUGGGGUUCAUUCCUCCAUAAAAAACAUCGCACAAAGGAAUUUUCCUCAGCUUUGAAACAGCCACAGAAUGCAGAUUUGUAAGGGCAGGGCUUGCUUACACGGAUUUAAUAUACCGAAGCCAGGAAGGAAAGAGGAAGUGGGGAUCACGCCCUCGCCACGCGGCUGACCUGACGCCUCGCUGGCCAACACACCCCGGUUCCCCGUGUUGUUUUUCAGCAGCUCUUUAAACCAAUGCAAUAAUCUCAGUGUUUAUCGUGUGUGUGCGCGCUCUCUCUUGCUUACCUCCGAAUCAGACUCUUAUCAUCAGACCAGAUCUCGAGACUGUGAUCUUUACCGAGUGACACGCUGAUCUAUCACACGUUAUUCUGUCUUUCCGUUACCUCAUCUUCACUUCUUAAAGCACAGCUGUCAUUUUACAGAACGGCGUUUCCAAGUGAGACCAAAACGUAGCCAGAAAAGUCGUACUAAUCCCAAAUAUUGUUGUUUUUUUCUUUUUAUAAACGUGAACUGUGAGGAAAAUACAAGCACAUCGAAUCGCUUAUUCAGGUGCCUUGACUACUUCGAUAAACGUGCGCACAAAUCACAGGGGAGGGAGACAAAAAAAUAAAAAUACUUUUAGAUUUGUGUUUAGAGUCACCCGGAAUUUAGUAAAAAAAAAAAAAAACGUUUUUAGGCUUGAAUCUUUCUUGAGUGUGAAAAAAAACAAACUUCUAGGAAAAAAUAAAAGACGUGUUACAUCAUGGAUUAAGAGGUAAUCAUGUGGUAGUAUGCAAAUUAGGUUGCAACGUGGGCGGGGCUGAAGCUUGAGGGGGGGGGUGUUUCUGUUAGUUGGGUUUUUUUUUUUUUUUUUGAGCCGGUUCAGGUCAUAAUGUCAAGCUAUUUAUUAUUCAAUUUAAAAAACCGUAAACAAUAUCCGGGUGACUCGAAACAUGCGCACUAUAAUUUUAUUCAAGACAUUACUAUUAUUAUUUGAUUUCUUUUACAUAAGCCCAGUCCUGGAUCAAACCCCAAAGCUGUAUCCCGCCUCGCUAAGACGUCGACUAAAAUAAAAAGAAGGAGACGUUCUCAGGAAAACGGGACUUGUGUGUACAUUCAGGACUUGCUUUAGUGACAGAUGUUCGUUUAAUCAGUGCUGUGCCCGGAGAUAAAGGGACUCUUAUCCGUCUUUAGCCAUAUCGUGGACGCUCCACACGACCGCAGCUCAAUGCAUCGCAGACGCAGACGCUCUGCUGCUCAGAAUCAGAGGAUAUUCUCCGUCAGAUUAUUUUUGUAUGAACAUGAAUGCUCUUUGUAAUCGGAAAAAUAAACCUUUAAUGUUGAAACUUUA